UUCUCCAUCAUUUAACAAAACUUUCUUUCUUUUAUCUUUCAAUGUCUAGAAUUUAUCCUAAAACACCUUCACCUUCUUCUCCUUCUUACAUAACUUCAAAGCCUGAAUCUUUUACAAUAUGGAUGAAAUCUUUAGUUUUCAACACCCGCGGAUGCACCGUAUAUAAUUCAAAAGGCGAAAUUGUCUAUAGGGUCGAUAAUUACGACAACAAAGGUGGUCAAGAAGUUUAUCUUAUGGAUAUUCAAGGCAAAGUUCUGUAUUCAUUACUACAAAAGAAAUUUAGUUUAUUUGGAUGCUGGGAUGGAUACAAAUGGGAUGAUCAUAGUUCAGAAAAGCAAGUAUGGUUUCGAGUACGAAAAAACCGAAAUAUUAGCGUGAGUUUGUGUGAUGGAUGUACAUACCAGAUUGUUAGAAUGGAUGGAAGAUUAGGGUUCAAGAUUGUAGAUGAAGAUGAAGAAGGUGCACUAGUAGCUGAGAUUAAACAAAAGCAAACAGCCACCGGGAUUCACUUUGGAGAUGAUGUAUUUACAUUAACAAUACAACCCCACAUCGAUCAUUCGUUAAUUAUGGCAAUUGUCAUGGUCUAUGGGUUGAUAAAUAAUCAAAUUUGAUGGAAAUGAAAAAGUAAAAAUUUUUGUUAAAAGUUAGGUACUUACUGAUAAUAUGUGUACCAGCUUAGGACAUGAAUGCACAAAUGUACACCAUCAACCGGAUUUUCUCCGGGUUGUACUUUUUUUAAUUAUCUCGUAUUAAAUUCAA